AUGGGAGAUGCCCCUCUUCUGCGACGCUUAAACGGUCGUCCUCAGGCUUGCGAUCCUUGUCGAGCGCGGAAAGUUGCGUGCGAUCAUGGUCAACCCAUAUGUUCUCGGUGCGAAAAACGAAAAGAGUCGUGUGUGUACACCAUCUCGGAGCCAAGAGUCAAGAAGCAACGGCUUCGGUCGCCAAGCCGAGUCAUAGCCCCAUCAAGUACAGUCACUUCUACGCACACAAUCUCUCCUUCAAACACAACUACUGCCGGUGCGAGUGUAGGUCAGAGUGCAGAGUCCACGUCAACUCCCUCACCUUCGAUAGCACCUGGCUAUCUUGGCUUCACCAGUCACAAUGCAGUCUUUGAAGAAACAAGGAACAGUCUCUCGCUCAUCCAUGGACCUGCGCUCGAAAUUGAGCCAAGUCCAAGGAGGCCGCCGAGGACGAGGGCUUGCUUGAUUGAGAUGCCAUCUCAUCUUCGCGAGAUGUGCCUCUUUGUCCUCCGUCACCUGCCCGGUCUUCGCGACGAUGUCAUGCCCAAUAAGCUUCACUGUCGCGUUGAUGAUUGGAUGUUUAUGGUCAUUGAAGAUAUCUUGCGUACUCUUCAGGAGGACUGGGGUGAGUACUUGGAUGCAAGGGAAGACGUGCAGCUUGAAGAGAUGGCUUUGUGCAUCAGCAACAAUACCUCGAGACCCAUUCGUGAUGAACAUUCAAGCGCAAAGGCUUGGACCGAUCAGUUCACAGGGAGUAACAUUCGUUGGGAGUCCAUCGGACUUAUCUGGACAUAUUGGAAUGGCGCUCCCGGUAUGGAAGCUGCAGCCGUGAACAAGUGUUUAGGCAAUUGUGUCGAGCUUGUUCGUCAUUUCACAACUGCCAACGAUAUACUUCUUUAUUUAUGUUAUCGCAGAACAACCAUUGAGUCGCUGGUAACAGGUGACGCUGGUUUAACAUGCUGGAGCUACGCUGCCGAGACGGUCGCCCUUCUAACCUUCCUCGGUCUUCACGUCGGCGUUGAAGACCCAAACUACGUGCCUUCCCUGUGCUCGGAACACAAACGCCGCAUAACAGCCCGCGUCUAUGCUCUCGACAAAGUCCUCGUCUCCUUCACGGGUCGACCACCACUUCUCAGCCAUCGCUACUUCUCGGGCCCUCUGGCGAUAGACAUAGAUGAUCAGGAUCUCAUGGGUGGCGAUGCUGCUAUCAAGAGCGCGAUGCAAAGGCUAGACGACAACGGGUUUCGACCAGAUGGAGAUUUACUUGGUGCAGCGGUAAUAAGGGCUCGUGUACAGAUUGCUCUUAUAAAAGGUGAACUUCUUGAGAUGGCGUUGGCGAGUAGUGUGAAAGCGACCUUUGAACUACUGGCUGAAUUGAAGACACGCUGCGAACGAACAUACGAGCGAUUCCCCCGGAAUCUCAUCCAUCAAGCAGACGAACUAGAUGAUCCGAAUUGCAACGUGGAGAAUGUAUACGUGAGGAUACUUGUUCGCUUGGAGCAUUUACAAAACUUGUUCUUUGCCGAGAGGUUAUCGCUUCGUUUAGGACAUGUUGAUGAGAACAAGUUACUGGUGAUUAGCUUUGAGAUGGUGUGUUUGACGCUUUUAUUCUGGACACAUCAAGACCGCUUCGCUGGAGUAAGGCGAGACUUUGAAUGGCUGUUAAUGGCUUUUGCUGCACCAGGAGGAGGCAUCCUCUGCCUUGAACUACUCCGCCCAACAUUUCGCGGAACCCACCCCGACUGUCCCAAACUAAGCCGGUCAGCGAUAAUACAAAAGCUCAGUCUUCUUAUCGGUUUUCUUGACUGGGUUCGACCCCCAGCUCCUAACGCAGACCUCUGCGCAGACUGCAAAGCUGUUUUACAAGGCGUGCUGGACCACAACCUCAACGCUCCCAUCGCCGGCGGUGGAGCGCUGGAUACGCUGGACUGGGACAUUCCGACGCAGUUGGACUUCAAUUUUGAUCUUUUGGACACAUUUGAUUGGUUAAGGCCUGAAGUACUAAACAUGCCUGCUUGA